AAGACCAUGACACAGUUGUUGCAACACACAAAUUGAAUUUCAGUUGCUUUGCUACAUGUGUGAUACUUGGGGCUGGUUUCUGGAGUCCCUAGACCAUGUUGCAGCUUUGCCUGUCUUCUUUUGGCCUUUAGUUCAGGAAAAGUGGUAACAGACAGACAGACAAACACACACACAGUUGUUACACUGAAUGCCGAGGGUUGUAACGUCUGUUUAACACAAGCAACUGCUAUUAAUAGGUGUAGGUGGAGGUGCAGCUGUGUUCUUUGUUUUUAUUCUUGGACUCUGUUGUGCACAAGAGGUGCUACAUGCUCCUGGAAACCAAACCGUCUUUCUAAACCAGUCAGCAGUGUUCACAUGUGAGACGCGUGGUAGUAUCCGUAGUUGGAAAGUUAAUGGAACUAUACUGGAAGAUCUUCCACCUGCAAUAGAUAUGGAUUUGGAAAUCUUUGGUGCUAACACAGAAGGGACUAGACUGGAGAACCUGACCAUCCCAGCCAGAGCUAAGUACAAUGGAACUAGAGUUUCGUGUUUAGUCCUGAUACUUGGUGGUCCAUUCGAUGAGAGUGCUAAUGUCACAUUGAGAAUUCAAGGUACCCUGUCAGCAGUGGCUGAUCUGAGAGCUAUUAGCAGUACCUGCUCAGUGACCAUCUCGUGGAGUGCUCCAUUCUCUCUGGAUGUGACUGGUGUUGAUCCUGAUAUCUGGUACUCUGUCCUCAUCUACAAUGUGACAGAUGAGAACAACCCAACAGCCAUCCUCUGUACUGACUGUAUCAAUAUCACUGAGACAAACUACACCUUCACUCCUGACUACCUCAGUCCUAGUCAUGUGUACAAAUUCUCUGUCACCCCCCUCAAUGGAGUUGGCCAGGGAGAGAGCAGUCCCAAUAUCACUGGAUAUGUUUUAAACUUGUCAGCACAUAUAAAGACUCACAUCCGAGCUAUCUCUAGAGAGAAGACCAAUGUUACGUUUACGAGUAAUUACACCAGUGGCCUACGUAGCUGGAGAGUCACUCCUGAUGUGGCUGAUGAUGAUCGUGUCAUUGAAAUGCCACCAUCAACAGAAGGACCAGAUGUCACCUACCAACUCCGUGCUGACAAUAGAUACUCAUUCCUGGUGUCCCUUCCUAUUACCACUGAUGGAGUAACCCCCCCACCUAUCAAUUUCACUACAUAUGAUGUCCAGAGUGCUGCCGCUGACACCACCAAGAGUACCAGUAAUGAGAUCACUUUGAAUGGAGAGUUCAUUGAAAGCACGACGGCUCAAGGGUUUUUCGUAGUUUUAGAGUGUGAAUGUGGAAAUUCUGAUGUAUUCAGAGCCCUCCUACUGCCUGAUGACUCCAGCACUUAUGUACAGAGUACUAUUCGUAACAUUUCAUCUUCAAGGUACAAUAUGUUUGUCUAUGACCUUGAGGAAGAUGGACGGCCUAACAGCCAUCCUUCUGUUGAACAGAGCACUACUGUCACUGUUCUGGGUAACGAUCCCAUCGCUGAUGCAGAAUCUCAAUUUAUAAACAAUGGCAGUGUUUACGUGAAUGGGGUGACAGUGACGGUGAAUUGUAAGUUCAAAGAAGGUAUAAAGGGAGCCUCAUGUGUCCUGGUCUAUCGAGAGUAUGGUAACAAGACACUAGUGGUGGAGGAAUAUCCUCAGAACACUGUCUUCCCUGUGACUCUGACGGUUGGUGCCGAUCUUAAGAACUACACAUUUGCUAUAUUUGGAAAGGAUGGUUUCAGUUUUGAUGAAAGACCAAUUAUUGCAAGAAGAGUGGAUGUUACUGAGACAACCACACCAACUAUUACAGCACCCGCUGAUGGAAGCACAUCAACAAUUGCUAUUGGAGUGUUAGCUACUGCAUCGUUUAUCAUCAUUGCCACUACUCUUCUCAUCUUGGUUGUAGUUACACUGAUUUUGUGGAAGAAGUGUUGCAGAAACAAAGGUGAUUACAGCUUCUCUGGUGUAGUUCCCAGGUCUCCUUCCCCGAGUGAAACUAACGACCUUGAGUCAUGCAGUAAUGCUAGUGGUUCUCGACUGAUGUCAGAUGAUGGUGGCACCAAACAGAAAAAGGAUGGACAUGCUGAAGGAGAAGCCAAACCCCCUCGCAGUCUAAAGAGCUCGUUGGACCGUGGUAUCAAUUUUAGCACUCCUCCACAGAUGUCCAAACAAAAAGGGAUGUACACUGAUGUGGAACUCUCAACAUCAGGAGUGCAACCCCCUAUCCCAGAGGACUCCAUAGUCCAGUACCAGGAGAUUGACAUCAGAACUACUCAUAAAAUGGCCCGUUCUCAAUAUGCUGACCUGGGACCUCUUCCUACCAACCAACCCAAACCCUUGGAGAUGGACACAAGGACACAGUGUUACGUCACAGUCCUACCUCACGCCACUACUCCUGCCAGUGACAGUGGCAACAGAGACAAGACGAAUGUGGACAAGAAGAAUGCAGGCAAGGCAACACCUAAAGGACCCCCCACAGUGGAGUCAGUGAUGUCACUGUUGUGGGGUGUGAGAGGUCGUUGGAAGGAGAUAGCAGAGGGUCUGGAGUUUGAUGAGGAUCUGAUUGAUGAGAUAGACACCAACAACGACAUGGAUGAGGGCUGUCUGCAGCACUGUGUGGAGAUCUGGAUUUUCAAACUACAGCCAUCCUGGGAGAAACUAUCUCAUGCACUGAAGGAACUGGGGGAAGUGGAACUGGCCCAUCAGGCCUGGAGCGAAGAUGGUGUACCCCAUCACAGUGGAAAA